AUGGCAGAUGGAAUGCCCCAGAUUGGGGCCCGAGAGAUGCUGUGCUGGGCUCCCCUCCUGGGCCUCCAGGCGCAGCCCUCGCAAGAGGAAGAAGAGGAUGAGGCUGAGUAUUUCCGCCAGGCUGUGGGCGAGGAGCCUGAUGAAGGUUGGGUGCUGUCAGAAGGAGGGAAGCAGGAAGUGGAAGUGAGGCGUGAGCCCAGACCCGCUUCGCGGGCUGAAGGUGGUGCUGCCAGGAAGGGGAGGGGCCAGCGGCUUGUGUCUCAGAAGGGACCACGCUGCCCGGGGCAGAGUGCGGCUGCAGACCCAGAGGCAAGCGUGCGGGCCCUAGCCAGCAACAUCUCAGGUGCCAUGCAGUGCCCAGUCAACUUCUCGGAGGCUGCAGAUCGCAUCCUCAAUGGCCUCCAGGAGGACUUUCUGUGGCCCAUGCUGGUAGCCGAGUUCCUGGUGGCCUUGGUCGGCAAUAGCCUGGCCCUGUACCGCUUCUGCAGCCGGGAGCAGCGCCCUUGGCCCCCAGCUGUGAUCUUCUCGGCCCAGCUGGCGGUCAGCGACCUGCUCUACGCCCUGACGCUGCCCCCGCUGGCUGUCUACUUCUACCCACCCAAGCACUGGAGCUACGGGGAGGCUGCCUGCCGCCUGGAGCGCUUCCUCUUCACCUGCAACAUGCUGGGUAGCGUCAUCUUCAUCACCUGCAUCAGCCUCAACCGCUACAUGGGCAUCGUCCACCCCUUCUUCACCCACAGCCAACUGCGGCCCAAGCACGCCUGGGCUGUCAGCGCUGCUGGCUGGGCGCUGGCGGUCCUGCUUGCUGCCCCCACGCUCAGCUUCUCUCACCUGAGCCGGUCCCAGCAGAAAGGCCAGUGCUCUGUGGCCAGCCCGGGGGCCUGUACCAAGUGCCUGGGGACAGCGGAUGACAACCAGCUCGAGGCCUACCGGGUCUACCACCUGGUGCUGGUGGCCCUGGGCUGUGGCCUGCCGCUGCUGCUGACCCUGGCAGCCUACAGCGCCCUGGUGCGGGCUGUGCAGCACAGCCACGGCAUGACGGCGGCCAGCAAGCUGCAGGUUACGGUGCUGGUGGCCAGCGGCGUGGCCCUCUACGCGAGUUCCUACGUGCCCUACUACGUCACAGCGGCGCUUAACAUGUACGCCCGGCUGCGCUGGCGAGCCCUCUGCCCGGGUUUUGAGAGCAAGGCCGCGGCUGAGAAGGCCCUGGCCUGGAGAACGUACUUUGCCCACCAGGUGACCCGGGGCCUGGUGCCCUUGGCCAUCUGCAUCCACCCGCUGCUCUACAUGGCUGUGGUGCCCAGCCUGGACUGCUGCCGCCAAUGCUGCCCAGGCUGCAGGCAAGGCCAGACCCCAGGGGACACUGCGUGCCAAGCCCUGCCCCUCAACGUCACAGCGACCCCCCAAACCUCAGGGCUCCAGUCUCCCGAACUGAGCCCAUGACCUGGCCCAUCUUCAGCCCCCUCCUCAUCACAAGAUGCUGGAACCCAGCCCCGAGCCCCCCGAACAGGCCAUGAGUCCCCACUUCCUCCCCACAGAAAGGCCUCCGGUGGGACCAGGGGGCCCCCACACCAGAGCUGCAGGAGCUUCCACUCACAGCACUAAACCUGGGCAGGGCCUCGGAGCAAACCCAUGAUUGGGGGGGGGGGGUGGGGGGGGCUGGCCCCACCCACAACAGUG